AUGACCUAACCUAUUAAAUUAUAAUUUCAAUAUGAAAUAAUAAAUCUUAUUGUCAUAGGUUAAUAAACUCAAAAAAACAAUAAGAGAUCCAAUCCUAUGUUGAAGGAAAGCAUAUAUUAUCGUGAAUCUUUUCUAAAAAAAGGAGUGUUGAUGUAGUCAAGAUAAAAAGUUCAUUAUAAUCUUAUGACAGUCCAGUUUAAUGUAAGAGUUUUCAUAUUGGCAGUCAAAAUUCAAAGAGAAUAAUAAAUUAUAAUUAAUAAGUUAAGAAUUCUCCAAAUUAGUCAUUUAAUUUCACUUAGAAAUAAUAAUUAAAUAAUUAAUCAAUUGAAAAUCAUGUAAAUUUAAUAAUGGUAUACCCAUGUCUAUAGAUUAAUUUAAUAUAAUAAAAAAUAAAAAUAGUAAUCUACUCUAUCAAUUCCAACAAGUAAUAAUUAUAAUUUUAACUCAAUAUUAUAAGAAGCGAGUUUAUUUUAAUAAAAUUAAGAGUCUUUUCAAUUAGAUUCUAAUAACAAUCUCAAAGAGGAGUCUUCUAAAUAAAGAAAUUAAAAUAAUUGA